GUAAACCGAUAACAGACCGUACUUAUCAAAUACGCGUACAUAUCCAGUGCGUUGGACAUUCUAUUGCUGAUGACCCAUCGUAUAAUCAUCAAAGUGCAUGGGGACCGUCUACAAACAAGGGAGGACUUGAUCAGGAAACCACAGCGAAAGCGAAUUUAGCGAAUGACAACGAGAACGUCGAUUUUCUUAUCGGCAGUUGCGAUUUCGGCCCGAAUUAUUUCCAGCUUGUCGACUUUCGAAGUGCCUUAUUCCAAGCAUCACCCGCGAGGGCAGAACAAAAAGCCCGUUUGUUAUACAAUCUAUCGAUAUCCGCCCUUUUAAAGCCGUCACGAACAGACACCUGA